AUGGAGAAUCUGGCUCCCCCAAGCUCUUCUAUCUCUGUGGAUCUCCCCUUCCGUCCUACUCCCCACCUUCAUCAUGAGGAUUCAAACAAGAAGGAAUUGGAUGAGCCCCAAGCGACUGUCAGAGAUACCCAGGUCAAAGAUGCAGCGGACGAGCCAUCCGACCCCACGCCGAAGCCCAAAUCUGGGAAAACGAAUACCAAAUUUGAAGAAGCCUCUGAAGUGAUUGGCCCUCAGAUUGUAGCCGAGAUGCACAUGAAAAAGAAAAAGAAGAAUCGACAUGGCCCCAAGAUCAAGCGUGGAAUGGGCAAGCCCACUGGGUUUGAGGAAUGGCAUACCGAUGGCCCGUUGACACCCGCUGAGUACACCGAAGACCUUGGCCUCUAUGACCUAAAUCGAUCUUUCAAGGAUCGGAUCGAGGAAGCCCUGAUGCGAUUCCAGAGAAAGCGCCGGAUUGAACCUGCUCGAAGCAAUGUCUUCCAGAAAUACCUGCAAUAUGGAGGUGUUUCAUUCGGCCCUAACUUUGGAACCGGUGUUACUGAAUCGGACAUGAAGGAAAUGACCACGGAAGAGAUCAUGCAGGCUCGAACUCAGACUCUGAUCGAAAAGGAGCGCGAGGGCCUGGAUAUCAGCUUUAACGAAGUUGUUGCAGGUUUCCUUGGCUCUUUCUACAUGGGAUACUUCAAUCCAGACAGCACGGCUGAUAUUGAAAUGGCCACUGAUACCAUCCGGAACUUCCUUACAUUUUUGCUUUUCCACAACGUGUGCCCAGAGUACAAAGACGACAUCCUUCAGGCCCGCAAGACAUGUAACAUUGCCAGGUUGGAACUCUCGAAAAGUAUGAAAUUGAUCGGCCAUGUCCCAGGAGACUUCAAUAGAGCAUGCUCGUCUCUCUUCAGCGCAGGGUACCUUUCAGACGACACGUCUGGUAUCGAGAAGGCUCAAAACACCAUCAAGUAUGCUAUUGCUGGCACCCUUCCCGCCGAGAUCGCCACUCUCUUUAGGCAGCAUGUCCGCGAUCGGGAUAUUCAGGUGCAGAGAAUCCCAGAUAUCGAUGGGUUUGAGGUCAUCUCUGUUGCUAAGCCCGAAAUUGAUGUCCUUGCCUUCUAUCAUGCAUUCACGAACGGGCUGGGUCUGACUCCGGUUGGAUAUGUCAAGGCUAAGUCUUUCCGUGACCCUGGUAAGCCGGAGACCGAUUUGAGCACCGAGGAGCGCUGGGACUGGGAUCAUGGCAAGGCGCCUAGCCAUGAGUUUCUUUUCCUCAUCGAACAAGAUCAACUCGACCUUUACUAUCCCGGGUUGAAGGUCCAGACCAAUGUUUGGAGGCUCAAUUGCGGAGCGUACUAUUUCCAAGGCAUCUACUCAACUCUCCCAAGCUUCGCCGCUAACAUCGGAAAUGACUUGAUGUUGAACUGGAAGCGACCCCGUGAUCUGAGAAAUGAAGUCCGGAAAUCCAAGGAGUCCGAAAGUCACAAUGAUCUGUUCGUCGACGAUGCCAUCAAGAUGGCGCUUAAGGCUACUGGCCAGAAGCAAGACGAUGACAAAGGUCUUGAAAAUGCCGACGAGUCCGAUGAGCACUAUGACACAGCGGACGACGGCGAGUGA